AUGGCCGGAGUUGAGGAAGAAGGCGAGGUGGCGGCGCUGCGGGAGGCCCUGAGGCAGCAGGCGCAGGCCGUGGAGGAGCUGCGAGCGGAGCUGGAGGAGGAGCGGCAGGCGGCGGCGUCAGGGGCCGACGAGGCGCUGGCCAUGAUCGUGCGCCUGCAGGCGGAGAGGGCGGCGGAGCGCAUGGAGGCAGAACAGUUCCGCCGGGUGGCGGAGGAGCGGAUCCAGCACGACGAGGACACGCUCGCGUUCCUCAAGGCCGUCGUCUUCCACCAGGAGAUGGAGAUCAGCUCGCUCAACCGCAGGCUGCUCGCCGUCCAGGCCACCGGGGACGACAACCCCCUUUCGCCUGCCGCGGCCGUCGAUCUCCCCUGGCUGCGGAAGCUGGCCAAGAACGGCACCGUGGCAUCCAGGAGGAACGCGUCCCUCCCGGCGGCACACCUGGAGGAGCUCUGCUCGGAGCUCGACGUCGUCGUCGACACGGACGCCGGCAAGAAGUCGACGCUCGGCGACAGAAGGCCGGCGAGGACGGUCAAUCUGGCGGCGCCAACGCUCAGGCUGCACCGGUCGGCCUCCCACCGCCUCCUCCGGCGCGCGCCGAGCUACUCCGCGCAAUGCGGCGUGCACUCAGCAGGCAAGGUCUCGCCAGAGAUCAUCGCCGAGGAAGACGAGAAAUCGUGCAAGAGCAACGCCGCCGCGCUGGAAGCCGACAUCGAGCAGAUCAAGGCCACCGUGCAGUCUCUCCAAACAGAGCUCACAAAGCUAAGAGAAUCCACCUUGUCCGUCGGCGACGCACAUUCCCAGAUACUAGCCGAGAUCCACGCAAAGCUCGACGGCGGCAUCACGCCGCAGCGGCAGAGUAACUUCGAAGGACCAAGCCCUGAGCUGCUGAAGAAGAAGGCCACCAGGGAAGGAGGAGGAGGAAGCAGCAGUUAUUCUUCGUCUUCCAAGGAGCAGAGCUACCAGCCACAGGCUGAGCGUGAGCUGCUGAUGAACCAUUUCAUUGAGAUACGUGGCCUCACCUUCUCUGCUAGCACCAUUGUUAGGCCCCUGAUCAAGGCCGCUGCAUCCAUGUCACUGCUUAGGUGCCUCCUGGUUUUGGUCUUGGCCGUCGCGAUUAGAAAAGUUCUGUUGAACUCAAUCUGCGAUGAUGUACAUAGUGUGAGAACUGAAGAUCUAGACGGCAUUGAUUGGGUUUGA